UCAAACGACAGAAGAAGAAGAAGAAGACCAACAUGGCGUCCGUUCACAGUGAUGAGUGGAGAGCUGUUUGCGAGAAAUUUACCAACGCCCAAAACCUUGCUGUUGUAGAGUCACGAAAUGACCCUGAAAACGACCCGUAUCGCUCCAAAUACAAAGCCAGGGAGCUCCUCAGAGAGAUAUACUGCUCGCUUAAGAGUUUCGAGGCCGGCGAAGGUGAAGAGGAAAGCGGCGGAGAGAGCGGCGACCAGCGGCCGCCAGAGCCGCCGGUGGACGGGCAGAGGGAGGACGUGUUCGCUCGGGGCUUCAGUGGCGACUCACCAGCCGGGCUCCGGGCCGCCAAACUCGGUGCUGUGGAGUACUAUCUGGGCGUCAACCACGUCGACACAGAGGAGCUGUCAGCCGGGCAGGAGCAUCUGAUGAACUGCAUGAAACUGCUGGAGAGAUGCAGUGUGUCCUCGGAGAAUGUGUCGCUGUUUAUCCAUGUCAGGAAUCAGCUGGGUAUCCUUUGGGCAGGCUGGGACGAGACAGAGACUGCUCAGGGCUUCCUUGAAACAGCUGAAUCCAUUUACCAACGUUAUAUGAAGGAGGACGGGAGUCCACCCACUGAUAUGACAGAGUACUUCACUACCGAGGAGAACCUGCUGACGCAUCAGGAAAGGACCAAGAGGUUUGAGUUGGCCUACACUCAUAGCAUGUACUACCUCGCUCAAGUCUAUAAAAACCUUGGUGAAACUGAGCGUGCUGCCACCUACUGCCACAGCACCCUGCAGAGACAGUUAAAGUUAAAUCAGUUCAGUCCAAUGGAGUGGGCUCUGAACGCUGCUACACUAUCACAGUAUUAUAUCACUAAGGGGCGAUACAUGGAAGGCAGACAUUGCCUCUCGGCAGCGACUUUCAUAUCAGGUUUGGCAGGAGAGGUUCCUUCUGAGGCCGCAGCACAGGAAAGUGAGACAGAGAGUGAGCGCAGGGAGCAGCUCAGGCAAAAGAGAGCAGAGAUUGCGAGAUGUUGGAUCAAAUACUGUCUCAACCUUCUGCAGGACUCUAAGAAGCUGCUGGAGGACAGCAUUGGCGAACUUGAUACUGAUCGCCAAGAAGAUUUGAAGAGAGCGAGGAGACGUGAGGAGGAGGAGGAAGAGAAGGGCAGGAAGAGCGCUCUGCUGUUUGGCUCUGAAGACACCUUCGACUCCAUUGCCAGUCUGGAAGAGAAGGUGAGCAGUUUGUUCCCAUUGGACUUCACUGAGGCCAGAGCUGUGUUUCUGGUGGGACAGAAUUAUGUCACACAGGCCAAGGAGUACUUUCAGAUGGAUGGUUUUGUGACGGACCACAUAGAAAUCCUGCAGGAUCACAGUACACUCUUCCGGGCCCUGGCUUUCUUUGAAGAGGAUCUGGAGCGGCGCUGCAAAAUGCACAAGCGCAGAGUUGACAUGCUGGAGCCAAUCUGCAAUGACUUGAACUCCCGGUACUACUUAAUGAUCCGCAGACAGAUGAUGUUUGAGUUGGCUGAGAUCUACAAUGAAAUGAUGGACCUGAAACUGACGCUGGCCAACAGACAAGCUGAUACCCAGUCUCUCGAUAGUCACACUAUUAAGAAGUUCAACCAUCUCUGCUCUGCCUCUGCUAAAUACUUCCAGAUGUUCCUUGACUCUCUGUGCUCUCCAGAGGGGAAGGUUCCAGAGCAUCUGGAGGAGGAGGUUCUCAGACCGGCUCUGGUGGCCCGCUUCAGAUUGGCCCGGCUCUACAGCCGGCUGAUCAGCUCCUCACCCACUGCUCAGAUAGACAACCUCGACAAAUCUCUGGAAAACUACAAAUACGUGGUGCAGUACUGUGAGGCCCACCCUGAGGCAGCAGCCACUGUGGAGACGGAGCUGGAGCUGAGCACGGAGAUGGUUGGCCUGCUCCCUCUCAAAAUCAACCGCCUCAAAGCAAAGAUGAAUGCUAACAACUAAAGGAAGCUACUAUUCACUGAGUCACUUGGUUUGUUGACUAAUAGUGUUAAAUCUAUCCAGAUGACCAUGUCACUAUAAAUACACAUCCUAUAUAGUGGAUACUCCCAACAAUUAGAAACUGGAUGGUGACUGAUAUGACUUUCUUUCAUGUUUACUUGUUUUAUUGAUGGCCUUUUUCGUGCAGUGGGCAUGCUGCUUGCACAAGACCUUUUAACUCAUUAUACGCUGUACAUAGGUGUUCUGCUCUGUGAAGUAAAAUGUGUGGUCAAUUUACCUUUUAAUUCAAAUUGAUUUUAACAUUCUGUACACAACAUUCAGAACAAAUAUUUGCUAUGUAAAUGCAGGGGCAGGCACAUAGAGACAGAUGUUUACGGGCAAUUUAGAGUCACCAAUAAACCUAAGCUGCAUGUCUUUGGAGGACCCAGAGAGAACCCAUGCCGACACAGGGAGAACGUGCAAACUCCACAUAGAAGAGCUCUGUUCAAAAUUAAUAUAAAAAUGUGUUAAUCAUAGAACUAAGAAAUAAUUGGUCCAUGAUAUCUUUUCAUCUGAAUUGCACGUGAAUUGACCCAAACUUGUUUGUCUCCUUACAUAGAUGCUGUCUGCUCACCAGAGUGGCGUGCAAAAAUCUUUGUAGGUCUAUUGCUAAAAUGACAGAUGACAGACAGAAGAAUAGCUGCUUGUGCUAAGACAGUACAUAUAACAUCCCUUUUUCGGAUGUGUGCAUAAGCAAUUUUAUUUUAUUUUGUUUCAUUUUUACGAUCCCCUGUGACCCUUGUGUGUACUUUUAUUUUAUUGUUAAUCAUAUUGGUUUUAAGUUAAUGUGGCUUUAUUUUAUAUAAAGCACUGUAGCACAUUAAAGUUUUGUUUCUUCAGCUACUUUAUGGUAAAACAAAUGCUAACCUACUGUAACCAGGGUGAGUGUAACAACCGUAAUAAGACAGCCAGAGGUACAGAGAGUUGACCCUGUUUGCACUACUGACAGAUUUGUUAUUGCGCCUUAAAACUGAGAUGCUUGUUCUGCGAAAUCGUCUGAACUGCCAAACACAACACAUUAUUAUUAUCAUUAAGUGGACUUAAUUAUGUUGGUUUAUUAGAUAUAAACUGCUUAAUGCUAGCUUCAUCCAGCUGAACCUGUGUACUUUCCUCCUCUCUGAGGAAUCACAAUGUCAUCCUGUACAGCACAUACUGUAUGUAAUGAUAAUAAACCAAUGAAGAAAUA